AUCGCUGUGACGUCCUCAUUCAUCUACCAUGAGUAAGCACGCCAAGUCCCAGAGCACCUACGCUUUUGAAAACACCAGUACCAGCGUUGCUGCGUCUCAAAUGAGGAACUCCCUCAACAAGAUGAUCGACGCCGUGGAAGAUCCCGAGGUCAGGGCCAAGUUCGAGGUCGAGAUGGAUUCGUUCUUCUCCCUGUUCAGACGCUACCUUGCAGACAAGGCCUCAGGGACGACCCUGGACUGGAACCAGAUCCGCUCGCCUACCCCUGACGAGGUUGUUGCCUACUCCAGCUUGCAGAAUGGAGACAAUAGCAACCUUUCGAAAUUGGCGGUGUUGAAGCUGAACGGAGGUCUGGGUACCUCAAUGGGUUGUGUGGGUCCCAAGUCUGUCAUUGAGGUGAGAGAUGGCCAGUCGUUCCUGGAUCUGUCUGUUCGCCAGAUCGAGCACCUCAACAAAACCUAUGACACCGACGUGCCAUUGCUGCUGAUGAAUUCGUUCAAUACCAACGAUGACACCCAGAUCAUUGUCAGAAAGUACCAAGGUCACCGUAUCCGGAUCAGAACCUUCAACCAGUCCAGAUACCCUAGAGUGUUCAAGGACUCUCUUUUGCCUGUUCCUCAAUCUUACGACGACAAGUUGGACGCCUGGUACCCGCCAGGACACGGCGACUUGUUUGAGUCUCUGGUCUCCUCUGGUGAGCUGGAUGUUUUACUGGAGCAAGGCAAAGAGAUCUUGUUUGUUUCCAAUGGUGACAACCUCGGUGCUACCGUCGACACCAAGAUUUUGAACCACAUGGUUGAGACGGGGGCAGAGUACAUCAUGGAGCUGACAGACAAAACUAGAGCCGACGUUAAGGGUGGUACUCUGAUCAAUUACAAUGGCCAGGUCAGAUUGCUCGAGAUUGCUCAGGUUCCUAAAGACCAUGUCGAGGACUUCAAGUCCAUCAAGAAGUUCACCAACUUCAAUACCAACAACCUGUGGAUCAACUUGCGUGCUAUCAAGCGUCUGGUGGAAGCCAACGCCCUCGAAAUGGAGAUCAUUCCAAACAGCAAGUCUAUCAGCGUCGGAAACUCUGAGAUGCAGGUGCUGCAAUUAGAAACCGCUGUUGGUGCUGCCAUCAGACACUUUAAAGGUGCUCAUGGUGUGGUUGUUCCAAGGUCCAGGUUCUUGCCAGUCAAGACCUGUUCCGACCUGAUGCUUGUCAAGAGUGAUUUGUUCAACUUGCAACACGGUGCUUUGAAACUCGAUAGUGCUAGGUUUGGCGGUGCUCCGCUGAUCAAGCUGGGAUCGCACUUCAAGAAAGUCUCCAACUUCCAGCAACGUAUCCCUCACAUGCCAAGAAUUCUUGAACUCGACCAUUUGACUGUCACUGGUAACGUUUACUUCGGCAGAGGUAUCCAGCUUAAGGGUACUGUGAUCAUUGUCUGUUCGGAUGGUCAAAGAAUCGACAUUCCUAACGGCUCCAUUCUGGAAAACGUUGUCGUCACCGGCAAUUUGACCAUCUUGGAACACUAAUAAAAAUUAAAUACAUCUAAGGAAUAUUUAUCUUCUUGCGUCACCGUAGUUUUGUUCGAACUGCCGCAUCUCCUUUCCAAGCCUCCGUUUACGCUUUCUCUCCAUCACCUUCUCGCGCUGCUUGCUCUUCAUGUUCUGGAAUCUUGCAACCUGAACCAGCUUCCGUUUGUCGCUGCGCUUCACAAAUUCCUUUCCUGUCUUCUUUUUGUAGUCUUUGAUCACCUCACGCUCCAGAUCUUUGUUCUUGAGAGCAUCUAAACGUGACUUGGUGCUCUUUGCGAUGUAAUCAAGAUCCUGCAACUCUUUUUCGCUCAGUUUGUUGCGCUUUUUCGGAUCUUUCAAAACACUCUGAACUUGCUCCAGCUCCUUUUGUCGAUACUCAUCCAAAAACUUGUAAUUUCGCCGAACCUCGCUCUCGUUUACUUUUCCAAAUGCAGAAUCGAAUC